AUGUAUUUUCAGUCAGGACAGGUUAUGAAUUUCGAAAAAUCUGUUGUACAUUUCAGCAAGCAUACAAAACCAGAUGUUGCAAUAACUCUUACACAAAUAUUGGGAGUGAAGAUCACGAACUCAAAGGAGAGGUAUUUAGGUUCUCCUCUUAUUAUUGGACACUCUAAACAAGAAGCUUUCAAGUCCAUGGAAGAUAAUUUCAACAAAAGAUUUUCUGUGUGGCCUUCUACUUCUCUGUCACAAUCAGGUAGAUCCACCGUGAUAAAACAUGUCCUUAAUUCCUUACCGCUCUACCAAAUGGGUUUUUUUAAGUUACCUGAUCAUCUCAUGAGAAAAUUAACUACAAUUCAAAGGAAAUUUUUUUGGGGUCAUUCUUCCAAUAGAGGUUUUAAUCCCGUGUGUUACUCUCAACUUUGUAAGUCAAAGGAUCAUGGGGGACUUGCCUUCAGGGAUAUGGAGAAACUCAAUCUCGCAUUACUUACCAAACUAGUUUGGAGGGUGUGCACUGAAGAAGAGCAGCUAUGGGUACAAAUUCUGGGAAGAAAAUACUUCAAAUAUGGUAAGCUCCUUCAUCAAAAUAUUGAAGCCAAUAACUGCUCUUACAUGUGGAAUGGCACCACAAAAGGUUUACAAAUCAUUCAAAAGAAAUACUUCAUGGAAAUAAAUAAUGGCAGAAGGACAAAAAUUUGGAAGGAUAAGUGGGUGUCAGGUUUGAAUCAUCCACCACCUCCAAUGAAUGAUAUGCACAGAUUCUAUGAAAGUGUUGAUAAGCUGAUCAUUUCAGAUGCAGCAAUUCAUUACCCUGAUCUGGAAACUGAAUGCGGAGUUUGUGGAAGAGAAGAGGAAACGAUUGAGCACUUAUUAUUUGAUUGCAGACAUGCUAGAGUUGUCUGGAGAGGAAUCAAUAUAGAUAUAGAUACAGUUAGAGGAAAUUGUGGGAGUGUAUCUGAAUGGGUUCUUAGCUUGUUUAGAGUUGGUAUUACUGCUACAAAUGAACGACUAUUGUUCACAUGCAUGAUUGGUGCAUGGAUUAUCUGGAAAGACAGAUACGAAGCCAUCUUUCAGGGAGUUUCUCUAAACCCCAUUUCUUCUAUCAAUAGAAUUCAGUAUCAUUUAAAUUGGCAUCUGCAUGGAAAUAUAAACAGUAGUCCGUACAACAUUAAAAAUAAUAUCUCUCACUGGUGUCCUCCUGCGCAAGGCAUUGAGAAGUUUAAUGUGGAUACGCCUUUUGAUCGUAAUACUAAUCAGAAUGGAACUGGGAUUGCUUUACGCGAUCAUGCAGUUAACUGCGAUGGGAUCAGAGGUAGUUUCAAACAUGGAGUCCUGAAUCCCGAGAAAGGAGAAUUCCUAGCAGUACGAGAAGCAUUAUUGUGGGCUAAGAAAUUGAAGCUGGAUGAUAUACAUAUUGAAGCUGAUGGGCAAGUAGUAAUCAAAGCUAUUACUGAAGACAUCUGGGGAGUGCAAUGGGAGAAAAGAAGUUUAGUUAGAGAAAUAAAACAUUUAAGUUUAUUUUUCAAUCCUGCAAAUUUACUUUUGUUAGUAGAGAUGACAAUCAAGUCGCUAACUCAAAAGCUAGAAGUGUUAGAGUUUCAGCGUUUGAUAAGAAAGAUAUUUAUGAUCUUUUAG